AUGGCAUAUACCCAUGAUACCUACUGCUGCAGUCGACGCAGGCGGCCGCUCCCCGCCCCGCUUGCCACUCAAGCCGCGCCUCACAACAACAAUGGCCCGCUGAGGCGACGAUUUAAGUGUUACACGCCGCAGCAGAUAUUAAUUACAAUGCGAGCGUACGUGCCGCCGUACUCGGAAUCGCGUUCGCGGAUUGCAGAUCCCCGAUCGCUCAGACAC